GACGACCCCGACCCGUUGCAACCACUGUGCGGGCCGCUCUUGUUCGUCGCCGUUCGCGCCGACAGAACGCGUGUCGCAGGAUCCAUCGUCCAGUGGGUCGACGAUGGCGAAUACAAUUUCAAGUUUACGUUGAAGAAGCAUUACAAAAGUGAUGGUUCCGUCGACGACAUCGCAAAGGGAUGCAAGGUUGCCGGGAGGAUGUCUGGCGGGUACGGCCGGCGUACGACGUCUUUGCCAUGCUUUGUCCCGCUAGCGCCGGGGCACAACGAGGCCGUUCACGUGACAGACUUCCUCGAGGUCUGGGCGAGAUCUGGUACCUCUGUUAGUGCCGUGGACGUCGGACCUGGGACAUUGAUCAGUGGUCCUGUUGGGUUCGCGGGAGGAGAGUGCUCUGAAAGGGGGAUGGGAGGUCAGGGUGGCCUGCCAGCUACGCCUCCUGAUCAAGAGGUCGGCAUGUCAGACGACUCAUAGGACGACCAUCCGCGUGCUCCUUUGAAACC